GUACUUUGACGGUUCUCUUAUACGAAGGUUCUGAACUUAGAAGCAGGAUCCAAUCGACAAUUAUAGGAAUAUCAAAUUCAAGGAGAUUAGAUUAGAUGCUGUUACCCCAAACGACUUGACCGGUUGGUUCGAUCGAAACUGCCGACUGGCGAAUAUCACCUGAACUCUCUUUCUCUCCUCCACCAUCCCUCAUCUGUUCAACUCCUUGACUACUCCUCGAACAACAUAUCCUACCUAGCCUUGCCAUGCCUCCAAAAGCAACUGUAGACGACGAUUUUGACGAUCUCGAUGACGUCCUGGAUGCGUUUCCACAAAAGUCAUCGCAACCCACGACGGCCAAGGGAACACCCUCUAAAGCUCCUGCUACUAGCAAGGACAAGGAGAGUGCUCCCGCCGCACAAACAGCGCCUGGGUUCGACGAUUUGAAUUUAGCUGACAACUUCACGGAAGAGCUCGCCAAAGGCAUGGCCGCUCUCAUGCGGGAAAUUGCUGCAGAGUCAGAUGUGGGCGGGGGUGGAGUUGGAGAUGCUGAUGGGAAGAGCGGUCCUCAGACUGAUCAGGAGAAGGCGUUCCGUGAGGCUUGGGAGAAGAUGCUUAUUGAUGGUAUGAAUGGGGAGGUGGACUUUGAUGGCCUGGAGAAAACUACGGAAGCUAAAGGGAAACUGAAGGAAACUGGGAAGGCGAACGGUAAGGCGGAGGGAUCGGCUGCGAAUGGAAAUACAGAAACAAAAGAAGACGCUUUCCAGUCGAGUAUACGGAAAGCUAUGGACAAGCUGAAGGAGAGCGAGACGAAUCUCCAGGCUGAGUCUGCAUCCGACGUCUCGGAUCCUCUAGAAGCGUUGCUAUCGCAAUUAGGUGACGGUGCUGGUGGCGAGUCAGAAGAAGAGCUUCAAAACAUCCUCGAAUCGAUGAUGACCCAACUCAUGAGCAAGGAGAUUCUCUAUGAACCUCUGAAAGAGCUUCAUGAAAAGUUCCCGUCCUAUCUUAAGGAAAACGGCUCGAAACUCAACCCGGAUGAUCAGAAACGUUAUGUCUCGCAACAGGAAGCCGUUAUCAAGAUCCUUGCUGUUUUCGAUGACCCAUCAUACUCGGAAGGGAACGCUGAACUGGGGGCAAAGGUUGUAACACUCAUGAACGAGAUGCAAUCGUACGGUUCUCCGCCGCCUGAGAUCAUGGGUCCUCUACCACCAGGACUAGACGUAGGAGCGGAUGGCAUGCCCAAAUUACCGGACGGUUGUACAAUCGCGUGAUGUCAUUCUAUCUGUCAAUUCGCUUUCGAUCGUUUGGUUGUAUUGCUUUUCUAUCGUUUAUUUCCUGUGUACAGGGAUUCUACGCUAUUGGUAUACCCUGAACUAAUAUGUAUUAAUGAUCUUAUCCUUUGCAACUAGACGACUUUCGG